ACUAAACCCAAGGCACCCAAAGAUUCUAAUCUUUCCGAAAGGAUUAUUCUUCUGUCCAAGUUUUUAUCUCCAUCCUCUUUCUUUCUUCGUUUUUUCUCUAUCAAGCUUUUAUUUGAGGAAAAUAGUAGAAGGAAGGAGAGGCCCAAAAAGUAGAAAGAAAGAAAAUCCAACCAAUCACAGACUUUUCCAACUCAAUAACUCCAUAAAUCUAAUCUUAUUUUCAUUCCCCUCCUUUAUUUUUUUCUUGCAAAAAUGGCAUUUUGUUCUUUCAUUUUCAUCCAAAAAUUGUGACUCAUAACCAUGGCCCUUCUAAUCCAUUCCCAGGAAUUUGUCCCCAAAAUUGUGCAGAACCAUAACCCUAACCCUAAACCCAGGAAGCUACACAACUUUGAACCCUUCCCAAAGGGCAAGGCAAUUGGGUUAAAAGUGAGUUGCAAAGUUAAGGAUAGUGGGGUUUUGGGUUUGGAUCAGAAUUCAAGUAGGUACGAUCAGUUUUCAGCUGCAGUGAAGCGAGGGAGCAAAGAAGAAGAAGAAAAGCAAAAAUAUUACGUGAAUUUGGGGUAUGCUAUUCGCUCUCUAAGAGAGGACUUCCCUGCUCUCUUCCACAGAGAACCCUCCUUCGAAAUAUACAGGGAUGAUGUUGUAUUCAAAGAUCCUUUGAAUACGUUGGUUGGCAUUGAGAAUUACAAGUCAAUCUUCUGGGGUUUACGAUUCUAUGGCAGAAUAUUUUUCAAGGCUUUGUGGAUUGACAUGACCAGCGUGUGGCAGCCUGUUGAGAACGUCAUCAUGGUUCGCUGGACUGUUCAUGGAAUUCCACGAAUUCCGUGGGAGAGUCGUGGCAGGUUUGAUGGAACCUCCCAGUAUAAACUCGACAAGAAUGGCAAGAUUUUUGAACAUCGGGUUGACAAUGUUGCAAUGGAUGCACAUCCCAAAUUUAAAGUGCUACGUGUCGAAGAUUUUAUUCACUAUAUUGGCUGCCCCUCUACUCCAAGACCGACUUAUUUUGAAACAUUAAACAGAACUUGAUGUUCUUGCAAACAGUUUUGCAAGUAACUAUAUAAAGCUGUUGAAUUUUGUCCCAGUUGCCCAUCUAUGGAUGGAUGUUGUAAUUAGUUGAGCUUGAAAAGUCGUCUAUACUGUAUAAUAAGAUAAGAUUGCAAGUUCAUACA